CAUCUGAUAUCGUGACAGUUCAAACGUAUACACCCCCUUAUAUAUAUAAUCAUUUGAGUUCACUCGGCACUGUAAUACUUAUACGUUGGAGUUAUAAUUCGGAGUUUGCGAUCUAGUUUUUGGCUUUUCAUAAGCUAUUAUGAACAGACGACAACUAUACAAAGUGGGAAUAAGCUUAAACUACCAUAGAUUACUGAAGACAUCCAAACUUAGCGUCAGGAGAAAGAUACUAACCGAAUUUUGUUGGGACACGCUAUGAUAUUAUAUGUUUUAAGUAGAGCCGUGGUUUUAACGGUCCUGCUACUAGCAUUACACUUAGCAAUUGUUACAGGCAAACCAGCAUUGUCAGCUUCCAAACAGGUGUCAGAAGCUGAGAAAGAAGUUGACAUUUCAAAACUUCGGAUCGAGGCCUUUAAACAAAGCAUAUUGGAACAGAUAGGGGAUUCACUUCCAUCAAAUGCUUCAAACGUUACCCAUAGUAUAGAAACCAAACGUCAAAAGAUACGUGAAUUCAGGGAUUACCUCAUUAGUAAAAACGACAUGCAGCAUAUACCUGACAGGGAAGAAAUGGAGAGAGAAUCCAAAAGGGUGCAGCAUACCUAUAAAGGCUACCGCAAACAACAGAUAGCUGAUAGCAGUGACCUGGAUGGACAAGUUUUGUUUUAUGAUAUUCAAGACAAAAUCACAAAGGAUAUAUACAGGGAACUUAUUGUGUUUUCCGCAACUUUGCAGUUAUUAAAAAAACAAACAAAUCUUUCUGACUCAAACACAAGACAGCAAUCAUUAAUGGACGUCAAAGUGUUUAAUAUUGAGCAGAAUGAAAAUAUGAAAUUAGUGAAAGGAAAACAAAUAUCCUCGAAGACAAUUGAUAUUUCAAUACCUGGAUGGGAGGAUUUCGAUUUAUCAGAAGCAGCACGUGGGUGGAUUAAUGACCCUGAGUCAAACCACGGACUUAUGAUAUCAUCAGAUACUCAUAAUGUUACAAAACUCUUCUCUUUCGCCGACGAGAACUUAAUGUUAAGAAAUUUACAUAGCCACAAUGACGACAGCAGAGAUCUACAUAUACCAUCGCAUCCAUCAGGCUCUUCUCUCCCAUUACUGAAAUUGGAUGCGGAGGAACGACCGAUUCUUAAACGCGCCAAACGACAGGCUGGCCGUCGAGACUGUACUCAAGGUGAUGGAGAGGAGAGAUGUUGUAGGUUUAGAACUCAAAUCAAUUUUCAAGUCAUUGGUUGGGAUUGGGUAAUAGCUCCAACAGAAUAUGAAGCCUUUCACUGCGAAGGAACUUGCCCGGACCGAUUUAAAAUGGCGAACACUUUUACAAGCAUCAAAUCAACUCUUCAUAAAAUGGACCCUACCCGUUUCUCGGCACCAUGUUGCAUACCAUCGUCAUUCAAACCCCUGACAAUCCUGCACGAGGACGCCUAUAACAAUUUAGUAUUUACUGACUUUGCUGAUAUGAUUGUUCAAGACUGCAAAUGUGCUUGAAAGGAGUGUAACCAUGACAACGCAUCUCGUCUCAACAUUUUUUGGCGAGAACUGCAUUAUUUCAUUUUAUUUCUUGUUCUUGUUUGUUGCUGUGAUAUAUAGUAUGUUAGCAUUGUUUCGCGCGGUAUUCAAUUUCAAUCCAUUCCUUGUAGUUCGGAUAUUUCCGACUGAACUUUGUACAUGAAAGGGUUAUCAUUAUUGAAUGAACUUUAUACGCAAGCAAGUCAAUGAUCGACACAGUAUUUUUUUGUAUGCUUAGGGGAAGGAAUGUUGCAUUUAUGCAAGUGAAUGUACAUGUAAUUUAAUAGAUGAAAGAAUGUCAGUCAAAAGUAUUCAUAUGGAACAUAUUUGUACACAAAGGGUAAUGAUAUGAAUGAAAAUAGCGUGGUAGUGAGUGCUGAGAAUACAGUGAGUCAGGAUUCAGAAUCUUUGAGAACAUCAUUUAAUGAUUCGGACCUCGUGGUAGGCGAACUUCAUUACAAGUGCAUGUAUUUCGCAUGUAAGUUUUUAUUCCAAUUGUGUUUACAAGGUAUCUGCCUCUUUGUGUAUAUGUUAAGCCCAUUGACUUUCAACUAAUACUCCGUAUGGCUAGAUGGGACCAAAUCCUUUGUAUUGUUGGCUUGUACAUUACAUCAUUAAUUUAUUCAUAAAUUACAUUACUGUGAUGAUUAUAUAUGUAUAUAAGAUAUCGUCUUUUACCAGUAAUACCGAUCUUGCAUUUAAAAAUAUUUCUGCCAAAAUUUCAUGAUUAUUUUCUCCGCUUUUAUAGCCAAUAUUUUCUUGUCAAAUGAGCAAUGCCAUCGACAAAAAACACUUUCAUUUUUAUGUUUUCUAUUAUGAAUUAUGACAAUAAUUGAUUUGCAUGGAUCUGAUUAUUUAUUCCAAUACGAGAAUCACCUAUAAUGGUGAACCAAUAACUUAAGAAUAUGUUUAAUGUCCAUUGAUUAAAGUUAAUCCAUGCCUCUUUAACGUAAGUUCAGCUGAGUUUACUGCAAAAAUCUUAAUUUUAAACAGAUUUCAAAUUUAUUUUUCUAUGACACAUGUAAAUGUAUUAUCUGACUGUUCCGAAGAGAACCAUUGGUCCUGAUAGUGUUCGAUGGUUUGAUUGUGAUAUUAUGUGUGGUAGUUUGUCAGGCGCGGGUAUACAUUAACAUGCAAUAUUAUUUUUUGUCACGUGGAUUUAGCCAAUAUUACUUUUGUCACAUGGAUCUAGCCAAUGUUAUCUUUUCUCUUGUUGUCAUCAAAAUUGUAUAUAAUGUAUACUUGUAUAGUUGUUAAAAUUAUAAAUAUUUGCUGGGUAUUUAUUUUCGCGGUAUAUUCAAUGACCACUAAUAUAGCGAAAUUAAAUUCCUCGCAAAUAUUAACAACUAUACAGUAUACGAAUGACUGCGUUUAUGAUGCAGAGACAUCAAAAAGAAUUCGUUAUAAUGGAGAUGACCAGUUAUCGACAGUCUUAUGGUUAAGAGUGAUCUGUGAGUAUAUAACUUGUUUCUUAAGAAUCAUUGUUAGUUAUUUUUCCAUUCUUAUUGUUGUAACGACAGUUAUAUGAAUGUGGAAUUUGAAAAAGGACCCAAGGAUUUUGAAAUUUUUCAUUAUUGCCAAAUCAUUGUGUUAUCGUAGAUAUUGUUUGAGUACCUACAAUGUUGUUGUUAAAUGUCACAUUCAAGGAAAACUUUUGACAUCCUUGGCCAGAAUAGUCCUUCUUUGUUAUUAUUAAAAUUGUUCAAAGCAUA